GCGGCUCGUGUGACCCGGAAGCUCUCCACCGGCUGCUGAGUGCGCGGUGUCGGUGGGGCCCUGCACGCUGUGAGCCCCUCGGUCGCGCCGCCCCGCCCCUCCUCACACUGCCCGCCAUGUCCCGAGGCUCCAGCGCCGGUUUCGACCGUCACAUCACCAUCUUCUCGCCCGAGGGGCGCCUCUACCAAGUCGAAUAUGCGUUUAAGGCCAUAAACCAAGGUGGACUUACAUCUGUCGCUGUUCGUGGGAAAGAUUCUGCAGUAAUUGUAACACAGAAGAAAGUACCUGACAAGUUACUGGAUUCCAACACAGUGACUCAUUUAUUCAGAAUUACUGAAAACAUUGGCUGUGUGAUGACAGGAAUGACAGCUGACAGCAGAUCUCAGGUGCAGAGAGCUCGCUAUGAGGCUGCUAACUGGAAGUACAAGUAUGGCUAUGACAUCCCUGUGGAUAUGCUGUGUAAAAGGAUUGCAGAUAUUUCUCAGGUCUAUACACAAAAUGCUGAAAUGAGGCCUCUUGGUUGCUGUAUGAUUUUGAUUGGUAUCGAUGAAGAACACGGCCCUCAGGUAUACAAGUGUGAUCCAGCAGGUUACUACUGUGGAUUCAAGGCCACAGCUGCAGGAGUAAAGCAGACAGAGUCAACCAGUUUCCUUGAAAAGAAAGUAAAGAAGAAAUUUGAUUGGACAUAUGACCAAACAGUAGAGACAGCAAUAACGUGCCUGUCUACUGUACUAUCCAUUGAUUUCAAACCUUCAGAAAUAGAAGUUGGUGUAGUUACAGUGGAAAAUCCUAAAUUCAGGAUCCUUACAGAAGCAGAGAUUGAUGUGCACCUUGUAGCUCUGGCAGAGAGAGACUAAUUAGCAUUCCCAUUUCCAUUGUCUGUGCUUCUGGCCUGGUUAUUUGGUGAAAUGAAAACACUUAUUAAUGGCUUUAGAUUAUGGGUGGAAAACUGUAUUCACUAUAUGAUGUAUUUUACUCUGUACAAAUAAAACAGAGGUUUUUGAAAUA